UGGAGGGAGCAAUGUGAUCUGUCAGAGCUAGUUGCAGUAAAUCUGUCCUACCAAGUAUUUCUUUUAUCGUAUAUAAAUUGCAGUAGAAAUGCCACGUAUGUUUUUUGUUGUGACUGCUGUAUUGUUUGCUGUAUUGCAAGCUAGCUAAUGUAGCCUUGUAGCUAGCUACCAAACAGUGUUAGCCAGCUGAUGUCUAACGCUUACUGUGAUACUGUUUCAAUCGUUUAUUAUAUUUACAGCGCGUAUACUGUAUCUGGCUUGUUAGCUUGAAUGUCUAUUCUUGGAUGUUAGCUUAUGUUAGUUUUAUUUAUGUCGGUAGUUUCUGGUGUUAGUGAUUUCUUGUUAUUUCUGGUAGAGUGAAAUAAUGUCUUGCCCCUCAGAGAUGGGUUCUAGUCAAGUAAACAAAAACAGGAAAGCUGAAUAAGGUCAGCUUUUUGAAGCAGAUUAAUUUGUGAGUUAGCUGUAUAUACGAACGUCAUCUCACUUUAAAACAUGGGGAGCAAUAGUAGAAUCGAAUGUAUAUUUUUCAGCGAGUUUCACCCUACUCUGGGGCCAAAAAUUACCUACCAGGUACCUGAAGAGUACAUUUCCAGAGAACUCUUUGACAUGGUGCAAGUGUACAUCAUUACCAAGCCUGAACUUCAGAACAAACUUAUUACAGUCACUGCAAUGGAAAAGAAACUGAUUGGUUGCCCAGUGUGCAUCGAACACAAGAAGUACAGUCGCAAUGCCCUCCUCUUCAACCUUGGGUUUGUGUGUGACGCUCAGACAAAAACCUGUGCCUUGGAACCUAUUGUGAAAAAGCUGUCUGGAUAUCUCACUACGCUGGAGUUAGAGAGUGGCUUCAUCUCAAAUGAAGAGAGCAAACAGAAGCUGGUACCAAUCAUGUCUACACUGCUGGAAGAACUCAAUGCCAAAGGAGCCUGCACCCUUCCUAUUGACGAGUCCAACACUAUCCACCUGAAGCUGAUCGAGCAGCGGAGGGAUCCCAUGAUAGUGCAAGAGUAUGACGUGCCUGUCUUCACCCAGUGCAAGGACCAAUUCAUCAAGUCCCAGUGGGAUCUCACUACCCAGCAGAUCCUGCCCUACAUCGAUGGUUUUAGACACAUACAGAAGAUUUCUGCAGAAGCCGAUGUAGAACUCAAUCUUGUCAGGAUUGCUGUUCAGAAUUUGUUGUACUAUGGAGUAGUAACAUUGGUCUCAAUAUUUCAGUAUUCCAAUGUGUACUGCACCACACCCAAGGUCCAAAACCUCAUAGAUGACAAGUCUAUUCAGGAGGAUUGCCUCCUCUAUGUCACCAAGCCUGGACAGAAGCGGGCUAGCCUGAGGGACGUAUUCCAGCUGUACUGUGGUCUCAGUCCAGGCACCACAGUGCGUGAUCUGUGCUCACGGUACUCCCAGCAGCUUCAAAGGGUAGAUGAGAGGAGACUGAUCCAGUUUGGACUGAUGAAGGGUCUGAUUCGCCGGCUGCAGAAGUACCCAGUCAAGGCUAUUCGUGAUGAGAGGAGCCGCCCGCCCCGCCUCUACACUGGCUGUCAUAGCUAUGAUGAGAUCUGCUGCAAAACAGGAAUGAGUUACAGAGAGCUGGAUGAGCGACUGGAGAAUGACCCAAAUAUCAUUGUUUGCUGGAAAUGAGCCUUCAACAUCUGCAUCUGUACAGAAAUUGGACAACUGACCAAAUCCAUUUUCAGCAGUGGCAGCCUCUUACAAAGCCAGUACUUUUAAAAAUUUAUUUAGGGGUAAUGAAUUGAAGACCAUUUGAUAAUGCAAGUUUAUUCAUUGUAGGCUUUCUAUUUCUUAAAGCACUCUUAAACUCUUGCUUGAAAUAUGUUCAGUUACUCCAUUUCUGAACCUCUGCAUUGCAGAUCAAAUUGGGUCUUAAAGAGAUUCUCACAAUAGCAAUAAUGUACAACACAACAA